CCACUGUUGGCAGAGCUGUCAUUUUCUUUUUUCCUCCGGGGAGAAAAGAAUAUUUACUAAUCGGUGAAAAAAAAUCUGUAUUUUAGCGGAAUUUCGUGAGUUUCAGUGACCAAUGUAAGCCAGCCAAAAACAGUUCAGUUCCGUGCGUGUGUGUAAAUGUUACCGAAAACUGCCAAGAUGCCAGCGAUUCGUGACAGUCAUGUGGUAAAGAUUGCGGUCGAAUUUGAGUCGGGAAUUCCGCAGCUUAUCGAGUUUGACCAAAGGCAGCCGCUGACUACGAUCAUACAAAAUCUGUGCUCGUUCUGGGUGAUUCAGGAUCCCGAGAGCUACGCGCUGAGGUUCACCGAUGUGAACAACAACUACGUGACGGAGAAGAACAGACACGACGUGAAGAAUGGAUCGGUGCUGAAAAUGGUUCAUUCACCCUCGAAGACGGCCAAUGAUAUACUGGAGAAGUUGCAGGGUGGGAAAACGGAUGAAAUGGUGAAGGUGCUGGAGAAGCUUCCAGGGUUGAGCGCUGACAUUACGUUUGCACUGGAGUUUAUAAAGGAACAAGGCCUAAGCCUGAUCAUUAGCAUAAUUGAAGAUGCGAGCUACGGAGGAAGCAUCCUGAACUAUGCGCUGUCGGCAUUCGUCGAAUUGAUGGAUCAUGCGACGGUAUCUUGGGACAUUCUGCAGCCUUCGUUCAUAACACGGAAUAUUUCCUUCAUCAAUGGGAACAGCAACAAGGAAAUCAUCCAAUCCGCACUGGCAAUUUUGGAGAACAUCGUACAGAACAGCAGCAAGUUUUCUCUGGUUGAGAAAGAUGUAACACUGGAGGUUCUUUUGAGAUUGCUACAGGAUUCUCCAUCUACGGUUAUACAGCAGAACACAAUCGCACUGAUAAAUGCAUUAUUCAUCAAGGCGGACGAUACGAAAAGGAAACUCAUUGCUGCUACAUUCAGCUCGAAACAGUAUCGUAGCGUAAUUAACAGCGUCAUAACGACUAAUAUGGGCGCGGAAAUCUCACAUCAGCUCUAUGUGCUACAAACACUCACACUUGGCCUGUUGGAGCAACGCAUGAAGGUUCCUAUAGACGUGCAAGACCAGGAUGCUCAAGAGAAAAUCAAAGAACUUCGCCGAAUCGCUUUCGAGGCGGAUGGAAUCGAACCUAUUCCUGAGGUGACGGCACGCCGCCAGCACGGAGGGUCUUAUUCUACUCACUACAAAAAGCUCGGUUUCAAGUGUGAUAUUAAUCCGGCUCAGGAUUUCUUGGAAACACCACCGGGUGUGCUCGCACUCGAUUGCAUGGUUUAUUUCGCACGGAAUUAUACCCAGAAUUACACGAAAGUUGUUCACGAGAACAGCUGUCGAGCAGACGAACAUGAGUGCCCCUUCGGUCGCACGAGCAUUGAGCUGGUGAAGGUACUCUGCGACAUUCUGCGUAUUGGUGAAACGCCAUCGGAACAUGGUCAGGAUUUUCAUCCCAUGUUUUUCACCCACGAUCAUCCUUUCGAGGAGUUUUUCUGCAUUUGUAUUGUGGUUCUGAACAAGACUUGGAAGGAUAUGCGUGCGACGACAGAAGAUUUUGUAAAGGUAUUCAGUGUGGUCCGUGAACAAAUCACUCGCAGUAUCACCGGGCGUCCAGCAUCGCUGGAAGACUUCAAAGCCAAGAUCCAUACCUUCACGUAUAACACCAUCACAACUCUGCGUCAGCAAGAGCGGACAUCUCGCGAAGAGUGUGAAUCAACAGCAUCUGCCAUUGUCUCGCUAAAGGAGAAAAUCACCCCGGAAAUUAUGUCCCUAAUCAAGGAGCAGCGUCUUGGCUUUUUGGUGGUCGGAACACGUUUCUCAAAAUACAGCGGUGGCAAACGGGAGCGUGACAAGUACUGGUACGCUCGUCUAUCACCAAACCAUAAAGUUGUCCACUACGGAGAUUGUGACGAAAAAACCGUUCCCACGCUGGAGGAACUCAACAAUAAGCUCCCGGUGAUCGACAUUCGCCAGAUGCUCGUCGGCAAGGAGUGCCCCCAUAUGAAGGAGAUGCGCGCCAAGAAAUCUACAUUCCCGUUGGGAUUUUCUCUCGUGACAGAAUCCAGCGAUCAGCAAACGCUGGAUUUCGUUGCCCCGGACGAGGCCACAUUCAACUACUGGACCGACGGGAUCAAUGCCCUGCUCGGUCAGCCGAUGGUCAGCAAGCAGAAGGAUGACGACUUCGAGACGCUGCUUUCGAUGGAAAUUAAGCUGCGGCUGUUGGACACGGAAGGCGUUGACAUCUCCAAAGACCCACCGCCGAUUCCACCCGAGCCGGAGAACUACGACUUUUGCUUCGAUAGUUAAGCUAAUCGUUGUGCCAACGCCAGAACUAAAAAGUUUAGGAAACAAGCGUAAGCGAUUUUAUUUUGUACGAUUACGUUGGAGCCAAAGUAAUUAUUUUAAAUUAACGUAUAUUUUUUUCCAAAUUUUUGCAUUCCGUGGUUUACAUUUCCAUGCCAAAUAGAAUUGGAGAUAGAGACUAUUGUGCAAUCAGUUUAAUUUUUUUAAACGAUCUUCAAAAUUAUUAAAUUAAUCAUGUGAAAGCAAUGUUCAAUGGUGUAGUUUGGUGUACAGAUGGGACACCAAAUAAGUAUAAUUUCCACCACCUUUAACGCGGACCUAAACAAUUAAACAAAAAAUCCGUUUCACUCCUUGGUAUACCACCGGAUUCAAUGUCACCUCUAAACAAAAAUUGUACUCUAUUCAUAGUUCAACGAUCCUUCCUUCAUUGUUUGUAUUAGAGAGGCUUUAAAAUUUGCAGUUCAUUCACCUCUAACAACAAUCCAAAUUUCAAUGCCUUUCUAACACGACGCCUUUCCUUUGUAGAACUACUUAUUGUUGGACACAAAAUGCGCUUUCAUUAAAAUCGUUCGACUACUUCUCGAGCAACAUCUCGCUGCUAGACAAUGUAGAACCGUUGACGUAUGUUGCUAUUUACAGUUUUACUGUAAAAAUCUGGUGGUUUCUUGAAUAUAAUGAAUAUAUUGAUGAACAAUUUUCGGAUGACGAUAAAAAAAACUACAUUAAGUAAUUUAAUGGAACAAUUUGCUCAUAAAACAUUAUUUCAUUGACCAUGUUACAUAAAUAUUUCGCAAAUGACACCACAUUCUCGUCCGGAUAAUGAUAUUUUUGGAUAAUGGAGGCAACUUCCGGCCUGCACUUUGUGCUGUAAAUCUUCUGGUUCAUCGCAAGUCCCGAACAGAAGAACAGGCUUUGGCAUCUGCUUUUCGCUGAUGGUUAGCCACAGAAGCACCUUCUUUAGGAACUUGACGUAGGCGAUGUACUUCACGUCGUAGCUUACCUCCUUGGUGGGCGACCUAAAGUAGCUGGUUCCUUCCAGUUGUUAUCAUCCAGCGUUGAAUAUCUCUCGUCAUCCAUGACGACCAGCAGAAGCUUUACUUGCAGUUGCUUCGCACAAAUCAUUAAGCAACUCGCACACAUUGGAUCAACGUGAGCUCCAAGCUUCUUUUUUUUUCUUUUUUCUUUUUUUUCACUCGAAAACAACCUCAGACUUUUGCUGCCGACAGUUUGGUCGGCCGACUUAAUGAGUAUGGGGCGAUAUGCACAUGCGCACACUACACCGAUUCAGUACCGACCGAUAAUAAAGUUUGAUAGGCUUCCCGAUUGCAUUCAAUCUAUUCUGUCGGUCAACUAUCGGCCGUCCAUUUAAUCAGUACUGGCUAGCAUCGAUCUACGCACACACGACGAUUGUUCAUCGACCGAUAGUUCAAUUCGCUCUCAAUUUUGGCAUUCGACAUACAUGCGUGGAAAUAUAUAGGAGCGUGCGAAUCACUGAGAAUGGGAUGCACCCAAAUGCUCUCUGAACCUUUUUGAUUUUCCUUCACUGGUCUCUUCUCCGUUGUCAAACUACUCUAGAUUUGUUCCAGAAGCGCUAUUUCUAGAACUAAUAAAACAUGCUCAUUUUAUUACUUCUUUGUUUUAAUCCACAAAUAUUUGUGAACAAUUGUUUCAGUUAUGAAAUAAGUGAAAUCAAACUCAAGGAACAAAAUCACUGACAGUCAUUUGGAAAACACGCUUCGCAGCGCUAUCUCUCACAUCCAAGCUGAUUUAGAUAAAAUUACUCAAGAAAAGUAGUUCGAGUCAAAUCCAAACGGUGUCGGAGUAUGUUUCUAUUUAAGGAUUUUCUACAAACAAACAAAAAAUAUUGUAGAAGCUUUUUGAUGAUUUAAAGAACGUUUAAUUUAAUCGUGAUACCGUAUCCACAUUAUCUAGCAUAACCAUAAGUUCUGUCAUUUAAUUCGCGACUGUUCUAAGUAAAGAAAUUUAGAGCGAAGAAAAGUGGUAACACUGCAGUCAUGUAGUUCGAUGCCCCCCUCCCCCCUCACUCUCACCAAGUUUCGUGGUCCCAUCAGUUCUUGUUCGGUUUCCUAGCAUCGAUAAAGUUCGGUCUUUACGAGAAGCGUGUAGCAAUUGUCACGUUAUUCAAGUGCGGGAAAACGGUACAACAGAUCUACGAGCUGCUCAAACCGUUUUCUAUCAAUGAACGAUUCGUGUUCCGUACACUACAACAGUACAAAGAAACAGCUGAAGGGACGUCCGAGGUCGGUACGGCUGCACAGUGUUAUCUAUGGUGUUCAUGAACCCAUUCAACGCAAUCCUCUUCGGAAACAAAGGCGUUCAUCAGUCGAUGUGAAUUCGAUAAAUUAAUCGGUGAGUACAUUGAUGUGUGAGUCAUUUAUUUGACGCCCAGGUUGAAGCAAAUAUGUUUGGAACGAUGCAAAAAAACUCCUAGUUCGGUGAAAAAACGAGACUAACAACAAACCUACCAGACUUCAACUCCGCAAAUGAUUGGCCAUUUGUCAGUCUAUCGGAUUAUUCACUUUGGGCCAAGUUGGAGAAGCGAGCCUGUGGACGUUCUCAUUGAAAUUACCAAUCGUUAAAGAAUUCUAUCGAGAAGCUGCAGCGAUUGACGAUUAGCCUUAGCGUUCUCGAUUCUGUUCUGAAAAAUAUAAGCUUAAUUGACGCUCAGAGUUCUUCACAAUUAAUAUCAUUAUUUAGUUGAAUUUAGUUGAAGUUGAACGGAAUAUAUAUAUAUUUUGAAAUUGAAUAGAGCGUGGCGGAGAUGUUUAGUUACCCACAUCAAGUUAUCAAGAACAGGUGUGAACUUUCCUGAAACUGCAUCUAAAACUUAUUUUUAGGUAUUUAUUUAUUUGGCCAGUAUUUGUAUAACGUCGCCCCGCUAGGCACUCAGUUCCCCAGACUUCAAUUGGCAACAUAAACGGAGAAAAAAAAAUCACAGAAAGCUUCUUUCUAUUCAGAGAAUGUUUUCUUUUCACGAGAAAUAGCUAUGGGUUGUUUAAUGAGACUUGCAAAAUGUGCAUGAAUUCAUAGCCUCUGAGUUCAUGUAAUUUUUGCAAUACGAACCAAAUUUCUAGUUAGUUUCUGUGAAAAAUACUCUACAAAGAAAUUUUUUAGGAGGAAUUAUUUUUUCCCGUGCAUGAAAAGAAACGAAACGAAAGCAAUGAACACUGAUUAGAGACGAAUGAACUCUCAGAGUUUAAAGUCUCUUUAAUUUAAAACAAAACAAAACCAAUGAACACUGCGACAACGGGUGGCAUGUUUGUACAUGAUGUUCUUGAAUUAUAAACAUCAUGUUUAUUUACACAUGUUUAUGUUUGUGUAUCAUUGUUCGUGUUUGAGAAAGACAUUCAAUUAGGAUUGGGCAAUUUCGAAUCGAUUCUUAGAAGAUCGAUCGAUCUUUUGUACUCGAGUAAAUCGAAAAAAUACAUUUUUUAGCUUUCGAUAUUAGAAAAACUUUUUGUGGAUUUGUUUUUUAGUAAACAUCGAUUUUUUAUCUCACGAAAGGCCACCCUUAAAUUUUUUUAAACAUAAUGUCAACAUUUGGAUCGCUCUUACUUAUGUGCAAAUGCUGACAGAGCCAGAACUAGCGGCAGCUACUGAGAGGAUGUACUGUACCUGAUGUUGAUAUCAAUCACAGGCGAAAGGUUGUUUUUUAGAACUGGCGCCAAAAUCCAGAAUCGGCUUCGACUAAAUGACAGAUGUAUGGUACGAUUGGCUUUUAUGGGACCAUUGCCAGCUGAGUUCUGGGCGAUUGUUGAAUUUGUAAUAUAGCUUUUUUAGUUAAUUUAUUCAAUAAAACGACUGCACAAUAUGAAUGCCCUGUGACUGUGGUCUUCAUGCUGAGGAACAAAACAAAAUGCUUUUGAUAUUUGCAUAGAAAAAGGAAAUUUGUAUUCCCCGUUUAAAGAACAGACGAAAUUCAUAUAGAAUAAGCAGAUACAUCGAAAAAGAAACUAUUGUUUUUCGAAGAUCGAUUUUUUGGUCCCGAUUUAAUCAGUGGAUCGAUCCCUACUCCGUUUGGAAAAUCGAUCUUUUUAUAAAGAGCGCCCAAUGCUACAUUCAAUACUAGCGAAAAUCAUGUUUGUGUUCAAACAAAAACAUGGAAUUUUCAAAUCGCGUGGACAUAUGUAAGUGUUUUUCGGAAGACUGCUUGUAAUAUGUAAUGUGUAACACUAAUAAUAUUAGUGUAAACAACCUGUAAUAUUUGACUUGUAGAUUUGUACUUCUAGAUACAUUAUGCAACAGGAAACUGCAAGUUACAAGAUUGGUGUUAUUAGUGAAAUUUCGAUUAUGCAACAGGGCCCAAGUAUUGUGGACAACACAAAAAAUUGAUAAAAUUUGUCUAUUUUUAAGGCAAUCCUUAUAACGGAAAUCUUUAAAUCUUCAUGAUUUUUUUUUUGCUUUGGUUAUUCAACCAUCGACUCGCUCAUCCAUCAUGGGUGUUAAUCUCCACACUCCAGGUUCAAUCGUUUGACCUCUGGCAACAGUUUGUUCUUUGCUAAAAUUACCACUUCAUUACGAUGCGCCUUCGCGAGUUCCCAAAGUAUAAAUUUCGCUGCGUGUAUCUUUUCUUCAAAUGGUCUACAAAACGGAUCAGAUAUCCUUUUUAUGAUUAGGGCAUCUCUUCAGACAUCCAUAGAAAAUGUUAGCCACUGAACCAACGACCUGGCUCUUCGAGAGCCUAAACCCCACUUUGUGGCAUCAUCUGCCACAUUCAUUAUUCUCGGUACGUACCGCCAGUCCUUGAUUGAAUCUCUCCAGAACGACAGGCUACUAAUGGUCGGUAUCUGCGAUGAUCAGAUCGGAUCCAUGCUAAGGUAACUUCGGAGUCUGCCCAGUAGAAGCAACGGUGCAGUUGGAUUGUGUGGCUUUCAUGCACGAAUCUCUUCAGAAUAAGUGAGAUCGGCGAUUUUUCUGCAACUCCAUCGUAGUCCUAGCCCGCGGGUUAAUUAAGCAUCUGACCAAUUUCACUCGUUACGGGAUCUUUCCGUUCCGUUAUUGUCUUCUUUGAAAACUGUUGUAACGAACUAUCACAUGACAUUAUACCUAUGUUAGUAGAUUCAUUGAGAAACCGUGAUCGUAUGCUUCAUUCUUCUUUUCCGUUAUGCGAUGCUGGAUGACACUUUGUAGCACAAGAAAGUUAUACGACAGAUCUCUGCUUCAUGGUGGUGUGCUUAUCACGCUAGUCUUGGACCAGCUUUAUGCGACCUCGAGAUUUUAUCUCGUUGACGAAAUAAACUGUAUUGUGAGGAACGGUGUGAGUCUGUUUGUUUCAGUAACAUGGCGUAAGAGUAUUUACUCGCUCCAGCUCGGGAGUUGUUCCUGACUCAGACCACCGGCAAUCUCCAGUCGUUAGUCCCAAACCAAAGCUAUUUAGCUAUCGGUGGGAGAUGGGAGAGUUUCACCUGCUGCAAAAUCUCGAUCGUUAAGACAAUGCUGGUUUUAGCGUCGAAGAUUGCAGAUCUGGAGACUAUCACCGCGUCCAUGAAGAUGUCAAACGGAGGAUCCCCAACUCCAGCGAAUACCGAGACUGCUGGUGUUGAUGGUAGUAGGCCGGAGAUAAUCCGCAUUAUCUCAGACUAGGUACGUCAAUUCGAGACCGCACAUGAGGCAGCUGUUGAUGAUGUAAACGGAAGUUCGGUUAAUACUUCGGUGAUGUUUUGAGAUGAUUUUCAAAAGGUUUAACCGGGUGACACAAGCCUGCCUGUGUCUUCAGAACUAGUGAUUCUUUCUGGCUUCAGCUACCCCUUUCCAAAGGAUGCGAAAUACGUAUUUGCGCCCAUCCCUGGUCGGAAGGCAAAUUGUAGGUAGUCCAACUUGCAGAAGGUCAACGAUAGUCGCUAAAACCCCGUCACGAAGCAGCUAUUUUAGGCGACUUUUGAGAUGAGGAUAACAAUAUUAUGUCUCCAUUCCACUGGAAAGGGGUGCUUCAACCAGAGAUCAUUAAAGAUAUCGAGGAGAGUGUUUUGACCUCACAUGGACAGUUGUUUGACCAUCUUAUAACCGAUGCAGUCGGGACCAACGGGUUCUUCUUCGGUGGGGCGCAGCGCGACGGCAAGUUCAUCGAUGAAGAAGUGUUUGUUGAACAGUUUUCAAACUCAGUCGUUCGGUACCAGAAAUUGGCCAUGAUCACGAUCGAUUGAUUGAGUUUGUGUCCACUUUUUGAUGUCGAAAAAAAACCGUAUAAAAUUGCCCCGGUUGUGGUGCUGAGCAUUGAAGUCCCACUGAACGAUUUUAGGAUCGACCAGGCUUUCAAACACCUCUAGCAGCAGGUGUUUUGAAUUCGGAAUCUUGGCAGGAGCCGAUGUUCCCCAGAAUUGAAGCUUCCAUUCUGACCUCAAUUAUCGGUAGGAUGGUGGUGAAUUGUUUGUGCUUAAAGGGUAUGCUCCUCUUGAUACUUAAAGCCAUAAAAUGUUGUAGUACGGAGCCCAGAUUUGUGUACCAGUUGACUUUUUUCAGGUUCCUAUUGCAGGAUCAGAAGGAUGGUGUUUCACGUUUCAGGUUCGAUUCAAUACGAGUGGUGUGGGUUCCAAGAGCAUCAAUUCCGCACUUCAUGUAUUGCGUUCCGAGAAACUUGAGUUUUUUCGACUUUCGCGGAAUUUCUUGCGAAAAACUCGUUUUCGAGCUUUACGGACAAAGUUUCGCAUAUGUUCAGUUCUGGUGUCCUCCAUUCACGUGAAUAAUUUGACCGAAAUUGAUACACGUUCGAGAUAAGAACAGCCUAUCAACACAAUACCCUUGCACGGAAGAGUUCAUUUUAGAGCGAUCAGUACAUCGCAACCUCGUUGGAACGAACUGUGUUGUCAUUCCGAUCGUAGCGUGAAAAAUGCAGAAGUUUGACGUCAACUCUGCGUUUACAAAAUCUAGACGCAUCGUUGACCGUUGUCGUUCGUUAUCCGGUCAUCGGUUUGUACAUAUAUUUCCUUCCGAUCUGAGCGAUCAUUGGGAUUGUGCGAUUUUGGAUCGAUUCUUAGAAGAUCGAUCUUUUCCUACCGAUUUCCGAUUUUUUGGAUCGAUUCUUCGUACCCGAGAAAAUGGAUUUUUGGCCUUCAUCUUUUCUAUCUUAGAAAAACUUUGUGAAGAUUUGUUUUUCAGUCUACAUCGAUUUUUUUAUCUCACCAAAGACCACCUAAAAUUUUUUUAAACAUAAUGUCAACAUUUUCAUCGCUUCUUCUACGAUUUACUUCCGUACAAAUGCUGACAGUGUAACCAGCGGCGCAUAGGAUCACUGAACUAGAUGUUGACAUCAAUUACAGGCGAAAAGUUUUGUUUUUAGAACUGGCGCCAAAAUCGAGAAUCUGCUUCGACUGAAUGACAGAUGUAUGGCACGAUUGGCUUUUAUGGAAUCAUUGUCAGCUAAGUUCUGCGCGUUUGUUGAAUAAUGCUUUUUCAAUUAAUUUAUUUGAUAAAAUGACUGCCUGAUGGCACAAGAUAAAUGCCCUGUGGCUGUGGCCUUCAUGUUCAAGAACAAAACAUGCUUUUGAUGCUUGAACAGAAAUAUGAAAUUUGUAUUCCCUUUUUAAAGAAAAGACGACACUCAUAUACAGUAAGCAAAUAAAUCGAAAAAAAAGCUUUUAAUUUUUCAAAGAUCGAUUCUUUGGUACCGAUUUAAUCAGUGGAUCGAACUCUACGCCGCUUGGAAAGUCGAUUGGACUAGUUCGAUCCUUUAAUAAAGAUCGCCCAAUCCUAGCGUUCGUGUCCCCGAUGACGAUUUUGAUGUCCUUACUAGACUACCUGUCGUGAACAUCAUCCAGCUUCGCGUAAAACGUUCUUCUCGAUAUCGGACGGGCGUGCAUGUUGAUGAUGACGAAUAGUGGCAUCGGCCUUCAUUAUCAACAAAUACACUUCAUGUUACUAAUCAUCUGCCAAUUGAUCACAUGACUCUGAAUCUUGCCCAACAAGAUAAAGUUGGUACCCAGCUUGUUUGUUGUAUCGUAGCUCUGGUAGACUGGGUUUGGCGGCCGCACAUCUUUCGUUCCUUUUCUUCUUUUCCGCAAAGCUUUUGCAGGGCAAAGAAAUCGAAGUGACGAGGUUCGAGGUGAACUGGCAGGAUCCUUUCGUCAUCUACGAAAUUCCUUAUCUACAAUUUCAAGUGUCGAAUUCCUAGUAGUCGUCCGGAAUGUCUAACCGCGCAAAGGGACUAUCGUCUUGAGUGUAACUGGUGAAAUAUCGCUUUCAUUCUUCAGUCGUUACUCUGCGAAUAGCCGCUGUGUGGGUCGCUCCUUCUGGAUAAUAGACGGUCCGCGGUUGAACAAUGUGAGAAUCACUGUAACACUCGGGAUCACCUUAAUUCCCUCCUUGCCUGUAUAUUGUCAUGUGAGGAGACGUUUAUUUUAUGCGAUCUAGGCCUAUUGCAUCAGCUUAAAAAAAUCUAUUGAAAGAAUUACAGAAACGUGCAUCUGUGAUAUUCUAUGGAUUCUUUUCAACGCUGGUUUGAUUUUGGUUAGAAAAUUUAUUGAAGCUUUCAAGCUGUAAUUCUUGUUGCUCAAGCGUCGGUUGCUCUCUUCUCCAUUCAGGUUUGAUAGAAAUGGAAUGUAUGCAUAGCAUUGUAUAGUACCAAACUUUGUGCAAUUUACAAUAAAACGUUUACGUUCAUACAUGAUAUUGAUUUUUUUAUCGUUUUUAUCUCACAAAGAUUAAUGUGUAUUUAUAUAUAUUUUCUAUAUGUUUUCUCUGGAAAAUUCUAUGACAUUAAGCCAAACAAAACAUAACAAUCGCUGAAGGAUAUAUAGGCGUUCGUUCAUUUACUUUGUAAACGCAUCACAUCAUACCCAAUUUUCUAAUGAACAACUCAACGACAGGAAUAUUUGUUUAACAUUUUCUUCUAUAAUGAACGGGAAACAUAAUCUUAAGUUCCAUAAAACGUAUGUAUCACAAAUUUGCAUGACGAAUAAAUACUGGAUAAAUGAAUUAUACAUGUAUGCACGCAUUUAAGGAAUUAAUAAAUUGGUUUUCUAAUCAAUGAA